ACGUCAGGCUUACGCAAACCAGAGACGACUUCGGUUUGAGAGGAAGAGAAGCAAAUCCCCCAAAAUGGGUUUCGUGAAGGUGGUGAAGAACAAGGCCUACUUCAAGAGAUAUGAAGUCAAAUUUAGGAGAAGGAGAGAGGGCAAAACUGACUUCUUUGCCCGUAAGCGCCUGGUGGUGCAGGACAAGAACAAAUACAACACACCCAAGUACAGGAUGAUCGUCAGGUUCUCCAACAGGGACAUCUGCUGCCAGAUUGCCUAUGCAAAGAUCGAAGGAGACCAGAUUGUGUGUGCCUCUUACUCCCAUGAGCUGCCCAAAUACGGAAUCACUGUAGGCCUUACAAACUACGCUGCGGCCUACUGCACCGGGCUGCUGCUGGCUCGCCGGCUGUUGCACAAGUUUGGCAUGGACCAGGUGUACGAGGGGCAGGUGGAGGUGACGGGGGAUGAGUUCAACGUGGAGAGUGUGGAUGGUCAGCCGGGUGCCUUCACUUGUUACCUGGAUGCGGGCCUGGCCAGAACCACCACCGGAAACAAAGUGUUCGGGGCACUGAAGGGAGCAGUGGACGGAGGGCUGGCUAUUCCUCACAGUCUAAAGCGUUUCCCCGGUUACGACACAGAGAGCAAAGAAUUCAAUGCAGAAGUUCACCGAAAACACAUCCUGGGCAUGAACGUGGCCGACUACAUGUCUUACCUGAUGGAGGAGGACGAGGAUGCCUACAAGAAACAGUUCUCUCGCUUCAUCAAGAACGGAGUCACACCAGACACGGUAGAGGAAAUGUACAAAAAAGCACACGCCGCCAUCAGAGCAAAUCCCAAACACGAAAAGAAACCCAAAAAAGAGAUCAAGAAGAAGAGGUGGAAUCGUGCCAAGUUAUCUCUGGCACAGAGGAAGGACCGCGUCGCCCAGAAAAAGGCCAGCUUCUUACGAGCACAAGAACAAGAAGAAGGGGACGGUUAGAGGCUCGACCGGACGCUCCACCACACACACACACACAACACAGACAAAUAAAUUUAUUGCAAACUCAAA